CUUCGAACAAACUUGAUGUCGCGAAGAAAGACAAAAAUUGUUAAUUAUUUCAAAAAACAAAAUUUUUUUAAAUCUUUUCCAGCUUUUUUAUUUAUUCUUGCAUUUGUGGCCCACACAUCGUUUGCCACUGUUCAGCCAAAGGCGCCAAACUUCCAGUACUUUGAAAGGCCCAAAUACCGUUAUCCCUAUUAUGAUGAGCAUGGACGGGGAAAACUUCUCUAUGGCUACGGCGGACCAGAAUUGUAUCAAUACAAGACCUACACGCCACUGGAGGGCAUACACUAAGCUUUUUUAAUAUUUAGUUGCAUUGUAGCUUAUAAUUUAUUUACUCCGCUUUAUUUAAAUUAAAACUUUUUUUAUACACCCACAA